UGAUGAACAAUACUGACUUGAUGCCAAGUGAUGCGGGAUGUGAAAAAAAAACUGUACCACUGCUCUGUAUGCUCGAAGACAUACUGCCAGAAGUCAAAUUUAAAACGCCACAAGAGAAUCCACACUGGAGAGAAACCUUUGAGCUAUUUAGUUUGUCAGAAUCACUUCACACAUAAACAUCAGGUUCAAAUACGUAUGAAGAUCCACACCACGAGAGCAGAGUAUGAGGAGGGACUUUGUCGAACUGAAGAAAAAAUGGAAAUGGCUGAAAACGAUAGUGAUGUUGUGGCUACUUUACUAGCGUCACCUUUUCAAGCCGAACGUUCACAGAAAAACUUCAAAUAAUAAAAAACGGAAGGCCAACUCCAGAACUGGACUUGAAGGAAAAAGUAGAUAAAGUGGAAAGGCAUUUCAAGACUGAAAAUUAUCAGCGCUAUCCUUGGAUGACGGGCUGUAAGAAAACAAACAGACUGUUCUGUUGGAGUUGUUUGCUUUUUACAAGUGAUAAGUCAUCCACCUGGGUCAGCAGUGGAUUCAUCAGCCUUACAAAUCUGUCAAAGUCAGCCCAUCGUCAUCAAAAUUCUGCAACACACCUGCAAGCAACAGUCUGUUUGAAAACUUUCGGGGACAGUAGUGUUGAUCUUCACCUUGAUGAGCAGCGCUGUAAUUAUGCAGCAGCCCACAACAACAAGGUCAGGCAGAACAGAGAGAUCCUCAAGCGUCUCAUCAAUGUCGUCACAUUUCUUGGAAAGCAAGAGCUGGCUUUUCGAGGACAUGAUGUGAGUAAAGAUUCUGAAAACAAGGGGAACUACUUGGAGUUACUGGAGUUUUUGGCAGAAUAUGAUAGCCCUCUGCGCUGCCAUCUGGAUAUGGCCACUGUGUUCAUUGGCACUUCCAGCAAAAUUCAGAAUAACCUGAUUCAAGCGGUGGCAGAUGUAAUGACUGAAGCCAUGAAAGCGGAGGUGAGGGAAACACCAUUUGUUUCUGUUAUGGUUGACGAGACAACUGAUGUAAACAAUACCGCUCAGAUGUCAUAUGUCCUGCGUUACACCACUGAUGGUGACGUGAAGGAGAGGUUUUUCCAGUUUAGUGAUGUUAGUGGUGAUAAGUGUGCAGAAGCCAUAGCUGGUCAGGUUUUGGAGUUUCUGGAGGACUGUGGCUGCACCGAUAAAGUUAUUGCCCAAUGUUACGAUGGAGCCACUGUCAUGGCCUCUGGAUUGAAUGGAGUGCAAGCUAAAAUAAAGGAAAAAAUACCCCAAGCUCUCUUCGUUCACUGUUGUUCACAUUCUCUGAACCUUGUCAUGUCCCAAGGUGCUUCUAAAAUUAAAGAGUGCAAAAUUUUUUUCUCACAUCUAAAUGACUUAGCAGCCUUUUUCUCCAAAUCAGCUAAACGCAUGAAACUACUCGAUGAAAUAUGCCAGCAAAGACUGCCAAGAGUGACCACCACACAGUGGAACUUUUCAUCAUGUUUGGUUUGCGCUGUGUAUGAGCGGAGAGAGGAACUCUUGGAGCUCUUUGAAUUCAUUCUUGACAACCCCAGUGAUUUUGAUGAUGAUACUGUACACAGUGCUGAUGGAUACAUGACAUUGCUGUCAGGCUUCGAGUUCUGCUUUCUACUCGCCAUGUUCAACUCAUUGUUUGCCUACUCCAACGUGCUAUUUAGGAUCUUGCAGAAUAAUGAGUAUGACAUGCAGUUUUGUUUGUCUAGCAUUGAUGACUUUUGCAGCGCCACAGAGAAAGAAAAGGCCAGUUUUGACUCCAUCUAUGAGGACACUGUGCGCAAAGUUGGGGAUCCAUGCAGGCACAGGGCAUGGAGGGUUGGAGAUGUGCGCGUAGCGUACCAGCAGCUGCACAGUGAAAUUUUGAACAAUAUUCUCACUCAACUGAGGAACAGGUUCAAGGAUCAUGAAAAGCUGUUAUUCCUUGCCUUACUGGACCCAAAGAAGUUUGCCUCAUACAGAAAAAAUUUCCCCAACUCUGAGUUUGAAAGCCUUGCUGCAAACUACGGCCUGCACUUUGACCUUCCCAGGCUCAAGACUGAACUGACAGUCAUGUACAACAUGUCAAUCUUUGAGGCAAAGAGCCCGUUAGACCUGCACCGCUUUCUGACAGUUAAAGAGUUGACUGAGAGCAUGCAGCAGCUGUUUCGCCUCACCUCUCUGAUACUGACCAUACCUGUGUCCACCUCCUUUGUUGAGCGGUCUUUCUCAGCCCUGAAGCGCAUCAAGACACACACCAGGAGCAGUACCGGACAGGAUUGCCUGGGAGCUUUGGCACUGAUGUCAAUAGAGAGAGGACUUCUUUUGGAGCUCAAGUCAAAAGAUAAACUUCAUGACACUGCCAUUGCCCACUUCAUGAAGAAAGAUCAACGGAUGGACUUUGUUUUCAUGUAGUAAGACGUCCAGCAGCUGUUAGUGGUUAAAGAAGAGGUUUGUCCUGAGCAGCAGGGGUGGAAUCCCAUUGUGGACCAAGAGGAACCAGAAACAGAGCCCCCACACAUUAAAGAGGAACAGGAGGAACUGUGGACCAGCCAGGAAUUUAAUAUCACCAAGUUCCCGUCCACUUCUGUUGUGAAGUGUGAAGAUGAAGUUAAGUGCUCACAGCUGAAUCAAAUACACAUUGACGUGAACAAAG